AGCGACGUUGAGAGUUGCACCACCCGCUCACACAAGAGAGGAAAGAGAAGAGAAACAUAAAUGCUCCGUAGCUCUCUGCGGUGCGGCGUGCACCGAGUGGGCUACACGCAUCCCCACCAACUUCCCGUGCCGUGUGCGCAGCGGUGGGAUCUUCGCCUCGCCCGCGCCCGCAUCUUCCAGGAGUACGUCGAAGAGAAAGCGCCGGGGGCGUGGCAGCUGGAGGACGAGCGGCACAUGUCACCGGAGUUCAACACGUUCACCGGCUACCCGAUGCGCAAUAUGCGCCCAGGUUACGGUCAGAACUUGCCGGAGUUUAUCAUGAAGAAGAGACUACCGAACAACACCCAUUACGAGCUCUUCGCGCGCCGCGAUAUCCCGAACGAAGACAACGCGAUGUAUGGCAAACUGCUCUAUGACAUGACGAUGCACGGUACGUCGCUCCCGUCUACCUACCGCAUGCACAAGGACAUCAACAAGGCGCAACGUAAUGACCGCAAAUUGUCGGGCAACCGCUUCAAGGUGAUGAACUCGAGUGGGGCAAAGAACCCGCCGUCUGGCUUCGAGCCGAUUCCCGAUGCCACAGGGGAAGAGGAGGACUAG